GCAAAUAUGCCUGCCCUAACCUAUAACCAGAGUAAAGUCUUGUUACAAUUGUGUCCUUACGGAAGGAAGAGUGUCGUCUCCCCUCCUGCCCCCUCGCCUCACUGCUCUCCCUCCCACGAUGGCCUUGUCCCCCUCGUUCACUCCUCUCGGGGCAUCUUCUUCCUCCACUUCUCCUCAUUCAACCCCCUGCGCCAGCGCCCUUCUCUCUGCUUCCCAUCCCCAAUCUUUCCUUGCUUUCACUUUUUCUUCCUGUUCCCUCCUACACCAUUCCUCUCUCACUCUAACCCUUAAACGUUCCCGCACUCGCUCUUCUCUUCUCAUGAUCAGAUCCCAGACUUCUACAGUCUCUCACGUUGCAGACUUCACAUCUGAACCCGCUUUCUAUAAGGUUGAAGCCAUUUUGAGACCCUGGAGGAUCCCGCAGGUUUCAUCGGCAUUGUUAAAAAUUGGAAUCCGGGGAGUUACAGUUUCUGAUGUACGAGGCUUUGGGGCUCAAGGUGACUUGACAGAACGACAUGCUGGCUCGGAAUUUUCUGAAGAUAAGUUUAUUGCAAAAGUUAAGAUGGAGAUUGUUGUGUGCAGAGAUCAGGUUGAAGAAGUUGUUCAAAUGAUAAUUGAGGAGGCAAGAACUGGAGAGAUUGGUGAUGGCAAAAUAUUCUUGAUACCUGUGUCAGACGUUAUAAGAAUCCGCACCGGUGAGCGAGGAGAACAGGCAGAGAGGAUGGCAGGAGGGCGGGCAGAUUUGUUCUCCCAUGCUACUGGAAGUCUGGACUCUGGAUCAACAUCCUCUGCUUGAGCUGUGGUUGGCGGUGGUGGACUGGUGUGACUGAGUUGGUUAGGUUCUCUCUCUCUCGAAGCAGGCAAGCACUCAGUACCAGUUGUCACAACCAACAAAUAUGUUGGUGGCAUGGAAGAAUUAGAAUAAGACGGAAGAAGCAAAGAGGAAAACUCAAAACACACUAGGAACUUGCAAAAUGAGAGCUCAUAAUUGUGUUUGAACAAAUGUCGUCACACAGUUGAAUUUUUUAUGGAAAGGAAUUUAAAUUAUACAGUA